GCAUAUCAUCUGCAUACCCUCAACUCUUUUCAAUGCGACGGCAAUCUCUUCUUCCUACUGCGGCAAAGUUGUGGCCCAAACCUUUGUAUGGCUACAGAACACCAGUACAUACUGCACGAUGUUCCCCCUCUCACACUUUUCGACGCCACUUUUUUUAUCCUUGGCGUGAACCUCCAAAAAAUCCUCUCGUGACAUUUGGGAGAACACCGCCACCCAAGGGACCUCAAUAUUUCGGGGUCUUUUGUCCUUUCCUAAUUCCCAUUCCACGAACAGAAGUACUCUGUUGGGUAAAAAGCAUCAAGGAACAAAAGCUCUUAAGAGCUUUAAUACUCAUCACCGAAAUAGUUUUCUUGGGAUCACUAACCCUCGGAAUCGUAACUGGGUUUGAACCUACGGAUUCGAGUCCAUUUGACUCUCCUAGAUUCACCAAGUUUUCUAUUGUUUCAGAGGAAACCGUCUCCUCGACGAGUAAAGUGUUGACUAUCAAACCGAAAAAGUCUACAAAAUCAGAUCCUUAUGCGGAAUACUGGGAGAAAGGUCUUUGGUCAGUCGAAUUUAAGCAACCAUUGUUGCAAAUCGCACGAUCAUAUACACCAUUACCACCCGAUGAAAAUUCCACAAAUAGUGAGCUUCGUUUCUUGAUUCGAAAGGAACCAAAUGGAGAAAUGUCGAACUAUCUAUUUAGGCUGCAAGCCGAUUCUGAAAUUGAGCUGAGAGGCCCUCACGUGGAAUUUGAUAUGCCAGAGAAUGUGGAAGAGGUUGUUUUCUUGGCUGGUGGUACUGGAAUUGCUCCUGCUAUGCAGGUUGCUCAUAACUUACUGAAAGCGCGAAAGUCGGAUGGCAAACUACCACGGAUUUGUAUAGUUUGGGCAAAUAGGAGAAGGGAAGAUUGUGUUGGGGGCGAAAGGUACACCCCUGGCUCAAAAUCAGAUAUACUCAAUGUAAAGGGCUCUGUGGUGCAGCAAUUACAAGGGAUGCAGCAAAAAUACCCAGAGAACCUUCAAGUAAAUUAUGUUGUGGAUGAAGAGGGAACGUUCAUCAAUCAGAAGAUAAUAUCACAAGCCACACAACCCAGUUCGGCAUCAGGCUCUGGACCAGUCGCAAAGAACAUUGAUUCAAAACUACUCUUUGUAUCAGGACCUGAGGGAUUCAUAAACUACUUUGCUGGACCAAAAAGGUGGCGAAAUGGCAAACAAGAGCAAGGAGAAGUUGGAGGCGUCCUUGGAUAUAUGGGUAUCAAGGACUGGAAGGUAUUCAAGCUUUGAAUAUAAUAAAUUCACUUUAAUGGAGACUUCAAUACGUCUAUAAGAUUUGCA